GCUGCUUACAGUCGAAGACUCUCGUGUCGCUGCACUUUGCAUGACAAUCCCAGCCUCUACCAAGGCCAUGGCCCAGGACAAUGCUUUGUAUGGCCGGGGUUUGAUGUCUUCGAAGGCCAUUGACUUACCCCCCUUUUUGGACCGCUGCUCAAUCUGCUAUUUCCACUACACUCCCAUUUCUUUAUUUCCAUCCGAGAGCACAGUGGAAGGCAAUGCAGCAAAAUAUAUACACAGGCUGACAAAUUAGAUUUUUUUUUUUUUUUAUUAACGUUCAGUCAUAAUAGGAUUUCAACUGGGCAGUGGUCAUAAUAAACUGUGGAAUUGAACUGUGGGAAAUGAGAAUUAAUGUUCCGAUUGCAUCCAGGUUAGACCAAGUUUAUUUUGCUGGCUCGAGGCGAUUUCAUUUUGCCCCUUCUGAAAAAGCAAGUGCCUCUCUUCGCUCUCUGUCUCUCUCGCUCUUUCGCUCUCUCUCGCUCCCACUCUUGUACGUCUGAAGUGAAACUAGGGGGGCCUGGUGUUUGUUUCACAGAAGAGGUGGGUGUGGGGCGGAAUCAAAGGGUUGAGACGUAUUGUUCAAUGUGAAAAGGAGCUAAUGGUCGACCAUCGCAACUCGGGGUCUGAAGUCGACGGGGUGCCCCGGGCUGGGUCGUACAAUAGCACCCCUCCCCCCCCUCUCCCUUCCCGCGGCGCGUCUUCCUGCCGCAAUCUGUAGGCCCACGCCUCACGCUGGGGGAGCGCAUCUGUAUCGGUGGAGCAGCCAUCGAGCACCCUGAAUGGCCACCGAUCAAGUGUGAAUGGCCAAGGUCCACCUGAAUGCCGGGGGCUGGUUUUAUGAAUUUCCUCUCUGUUGUCUCCGUUUUUUUUUUGUGUGUGUUUUUUGUAUCGGUUAUUAUUGUAUUGUUUCUUCACCUCCAACAUUCAGGAUGUAUGUCAGAAUGUAUCUUGGAAGACAAAUUCGAUAUAGGCAUAUGCUAAUAGAAUACAUUUAUUGUAUUUAUUUAUUUCAAAUUACGUAGGCCUAAUAGGCCUAUAAAUCGAAAGUUCUUCAAAUAUUUGCGGCUUUUGGACUUCCAAGGUCUGGUUGUUUGUGAAAGCUGGUUACUCUGUCGCCUCAUUUCCGAAUAUUCUGGUCCUACUGAAAACUAUAUUGUAAGCCUGAUUGAAGACCGCAUGGAGACCUUUCGAUAUGUAAUUCUAAGACCAAUCAGAAUCGAAAUACAGGCCUAAAUCAUAUGCAUCUCCGAUCAAACGACAGCCGAUCAUCUGAGCUGUUUUCUGGGGAAACAUAUCACUGAGUGGGUUUACCUUCUCGAUCAUUUGUUAGCCUAAAUGUUGGGGAAAUUAAAUGAGAUCCACUGGGAACACAAUUAGACACAUUUUAAUAUCAAAGACAUCUCCUUUACGAUGCAUAAUUUAAACAAACUGAGCAUAAUGAGGAUGCAUGAGGCGAACUGCAGUUAUAGUGUUGCUAUAUGUAUUUCGUGGCUGUUUAGCAUUGUUAAUAAGAUGACCAAAUGAUAGGCCUUCACAGCCUAUAUGGGUGGCAAACAUGUAGAGUGCAUAAGCCUACCAGUUAAAUCAAUACAGUGGUUUCUGUUUUAAGAGUAUAGUCUUAAAUCGAAGUUAUAACCUAUAAACUACGUAGAAAACGUUUUAAAGAAGUAAGUGGGGAAACCACGCCCACUAUGUGGGGAGGACUCAAGGUCAUUCACAAAUUCACCAUCAACCAUUACUGCUGGCCAAUGGGAGACGAGAUCAUCCAAUCUCCAGCAGCUGUACGCGUGAUUAGGAGGACCUGUGGAGCCACUCCUAACUACACACACACACCGACCAGCAGUCUGAAGGUGAGGCGGCCGGUGGAUUAUACCGCUCUAUGGACCUGAAGCUAAAAGGCUAAAGACAACGAAAGCCCUUCACACCUUCCUAAAGUGUGGCCCCCACUGUGAAUCUUCGAGAAGACGUUCAAGUAGGCCUACUUUUAGUGGAUCCUUGCCAUUACGACUUUUUGGCUUUUUAGGUUUGCUUUGCAAAAGUUUAACCGAUGAGCACGAAACACCGGUAGCCGUACCUAGCAUUUCGUGUCGAGCGUGAAGCGGUUUGUUAGCCCGAGGCUUGAAAGGAUGUCCGACAGGUCGCAGAGUCCGGCCUCUGACUGCAACAGCCGACCGUAUGACUUCAGCCGGGCCAACCUCUACAGCCACCCCACCAUGGGGCAGGACAACCUGGGAAACAACGCCGGGUCACUGCAGCUCCCGUCCGGUGUCCUCCAAGACCCGGGUCUCCUCUUCAACAAGGCCACUUAUAACGGGAUCGCCCAGGCCACGGCGCAGACAUUUUUCCCCUUCCAUCACGUCGCUGGGGACUACAGGACCUCCGAUCUACAAACUGGAGAGUUUGGCCAACCCAAGCAUUGGUAUCCCUUCGCCGCGACGGACUACACCGGACAGGUACCCGGGGUCAUGGCGACCAAUCAGCCCACCAACCUCAGUCCUCCCAUCGCUGAAACAAGGGAACAGAUAAAAUUGCCCAUGCCUGAGAUCAAAACAGAAAAGGAACCGGAGGAAGACUAUUCCGCCGAGAUAAAGGCCCAGCAUUACACCACCGCCGCGGCCUCCGCGCCCAUGGCCCACGGUGUCUACUACUCCCCGGCGUGGAACCCGUCCUUCUGGCCGGGUCUUGCACACAUCACCCAACACCCCAUUAAUCAAAACCCGUCCACGUCGUCCGCGUCCUCCCCGUCUCUCUCCCCCUCGCCACCGAGCAACGGAGUCCAGGCUAACGCGUUCUUUAACGGGAACGCAAACCAGGUGGUGCCCGCACCUCCGGCUCAGAACUCGGCCCCGACCCGCAGCAGUGGGUCCUCUAGCGGGGGAUGCAGUGACUCAGAGGAAGAGGAGAACUUGUCUACUGAAGAACUGGAGCAGUUCGCUAAGGAGUUGAAGCACAAACGGAUCACUCUGGGCUUCACCCAAGCGGAUGUAGGCCUCGCCCUCGGUAACCUCUACGGCAAGAUGUUCAGUCAGACCACCAUCUGUCGGUUUGAGGCGCUCCAGCUGAGCUUUAAGAACAUGUGCAAGCUGAAACCGCUGCUUCAGAGGUGGCUGAACGAAGCAGAGACUUCAGAUAAUCCUCAAGAUAUGUACAAAAUUGAGCGUGUGUUCGUGGACACCAGGAAGAGGAAGCGGAGGACCAGCCUGGAGGGUACGGUCCGCUCCGCCCUGGAGUCGUACUUCAUCAAGUGUCCCAAGCCCAACACCAUCGACAUCACGCACAUCUCCGAUGACCUCGGGCUCGAGAGAGACGUGGUCCGCGUGUGGUUCUGCAACCGCCGGCAGAAGGGCAAGCGGCUGGCGCUGCCCCUGGACGAGGAGUGUGACGGCCAGUACUACGAGCAGAGCCCCCCGCCUCCUCAUCCUCCCGCAAUGGGCAUGAUGCCCUCGUCCAUGCCCGGCCAGGGGUAUCCAGUGCACCCGUACCCGGGCGGCCCGCCCACCCUCUACAUGCCCCAGCUGCACCGGUCUGACGCCUUCAAGCAGGGCCUGCACCCCGGGCUGGUAGGUCACCUGACGGGAUAGUCCGCCAACCCUCCGAAAACAACAAUCGCCUCCGCCCUAUGAUGGAGUUCCCACCCCCUCAGUCAUAGGGAGAGUGGAGGUCCCAUAACAGACUCGUGUGCGAGAGGGCUUGUUGACCACCCGGUCCACAAACCGGUUCUGCAGCCGUAAGACUCGGCAUCGUGUGGAUGUUUAUCUCUUUUGGACGGCGACCUCAGUCAAGUAUUUGCACCGCCGUGCCUUUUCUAUUUUUUUUUUAUUUUUUGGUCCUCCGAAGGAGGGACUACUUGUGUAUUUUAGAUUGUUUUGUCAGUUGGAGGUCAUGCCACGGGUUUCCUUCGUGUUCUGAUUGUUGUGAGAACAGAGUUCUCAUUUGGUUAAUCUCAGUGUUUACAGUAAGAGCUACACCGAAGGAUGAUUCGUAUGAGCUCGGCUUUUAAACGUUUUUAUUUUUGUAAAUGCUGUGAAAAGGAUUUCCUGGAAGAUGGUUUGAUAUAAGAAAAAAACACCCCAACAAGGAAAUUCAAUUGGUAAUGAAUGAUAAAAAAAAAAAAAUAA